AUGAUAGUAUUGUAAAGCUUAAACAUGUUAAAAGCUUGUUUUUGCUCGAUGUGGUGCUCAAAAGUCCAAAAGGGCGCCCAUGUCCGAACAAUUGUUUUCGUUUUCAAAUUCCAACGAUUCAAAUACCCAAGCUCCAACGAGACAAGAUGAAGAACCAAAGCACAUCGAAUGCUCGGAAAACUCUGGUGAUUUGAACUAGUUUCAAGCAUUCGUUCUUACAGUGCGCUUUUGUAUCAAAAUUUAUGGAAAAUUUUGUUCAUAUUCCGUCGCAUCGGUGUCCCAAAAUGGCAAAAGCCCUUAUCAAAUUAAUCGAGACCAGGUGCAGUUGUGCAGAUAAAAAGCGUACGAUGGACCCUCAUUUUUUCAUUAAAAAGUAUUACUCGAGAAUAAACAAUCUUCAAUUACAUUAACUAUGACUUGGGAAGAGAUUGCAAAAGCCAAAAGAGAAGCUGUCUUCAAUAAAAUUCCAAAAGAAUGGAUAAUUGAAGUACCAUCAAUUGAAAAGGAGCCUAAUGCUGUUAAAUACCUAGACAAAGUUUUACCUGCUCAAGAAACUGCUAUUGUGAACCAUUCAAUGAUUGAGCUCAUUGAUAAAAUCGGAAAGGGAGAACUAACAUCAACUGAAGUCGCCAACGCUUAUUGUCAUCGUGCUGCUUUAGCUCAUCAAGUAUUUAACUGCUGUUCAGAAAUCUUCUUCGAGAGGGCCAUUGAAAGAGCUAAAGAAUUGGAUGCUUACUAUAAAGAACAUGGGGAAACAAUUGGCCCAUUGCAUGGUAUUCCUAUCAGUUUGAAAGAUCAGGUUAAUUUGGAAGGAUUAGAUUCAUCACUUGGCUUCAUUUCCAAGGUCAAUAAACCCAAAACAAAAGAAGAUGAGUCCAUUAUUGCCAAAUUCCUUUAUGAUUCCGGUGCUAUAUUCUAUGUUAAAACUACUGUUCCAAUGGCUAUGAUGGCUGGUGAUACUUUUUCAAACAUUUACGGUCAAACUGUUAAUUCCUUGAACAGAAAUUUAUCAGCUGGUGGUUCAAGUGGUGGUGAAAGCUCAUUGAUUGCUGCAAAAGGUGGGAUUAUUGGGCUGAGUACUGAUCUUGGUGGUAGUAUUCGUAUUCCUGCUGCGUUCCAUGGUUUGUUUGCCAUAAGACCAACAUCUUAUAGAUUGCCUUAUGCAAAAGUUGAUAAUGCAAUGGCAUUUCAGCCAAUUUGUCCAUCAGUUAUAGGUCCUUCAGCUAGAUUUUUAAAAGAUUUGGAAUAUCUUUGUAAAGUUAUAAUUGAUUGCAAACCGUGGUUACAUGAUCCCAAAACACCACCUAUCCCAUGGAGACCAUUUGAAGUUCCUUCGAAAUUAUGUUUUGGUAUUUACAAGAAUAGUGGCUUAACUCAUCCUCAUCCACCUAUUGCAAGAGCAAUUGAGUUAACAAGGCAGAAAUUGAUUGAAAUGGGCCAUGAGGUGAUUGAAUGGGAACCACCAAUUCCACAUGAAUUUAUCAGAGAUAAUUUAAACAGCAUCUUUACAUCUGAAGGUUUCAAUGAAAUCAAAGAAGAAUGUGCCAAAUCAGGAGAACCAGUUAUUGGGACUCUUGUUGCAGGAGAAACAGCUAAUGGUGAACUACUAGUUUCUGAGCAUUGGAAGCAGGUACAAGUCAAGUAUGAAACACAAAUGAAGUAUGAUGAGUAUUGGAGAAGUACUAUAAAAAAGACUUCCACAGGGAGACCUGUUGAUGCUUGGAUCUCACCAGUGUGGGAAUCAACUUCUCACUUGGUUGGAAUUGGACAGCCUGAUUGUACUGGGUACACCUAUCCUGUGAAUUAUCUUGAUCUCUCAAGUGUUAUUGUUCCAAUCACAAGUGCUGACAAGUCUAUUGAUACUAUUUAUGAAGAUUUCAAGCCAUUCAACGAAGGUGACAAAAGAAUGAAUGAUACUUAUGAUCCUGAAUUUUUUGAUGGAAUGCCUGCUUGUGUGCAAGUCAUUACUUCUCGUUAUGAAGAGGAAAAAUCCAAAUUCCUGUCACAACCAGAGCCUGAACCUAUAAUAGAGAAGUUCAUAGAGGAGAAUGGUGGUCUUGAGAAUAUAACUGGUCAACAUUCAUCUAAAUUGUUGAAUCUCAAUCCUCAUGAUGUCUUGAAAGAUGUCAAUAUUUUCAUCGGUGAGACCAAAGAGUCAUUAUAUGAUCAAUGGAUUGUGCUUUAUGAUAAACAUGCUCCUGUCUUGUUAACCGAUAAAGUUGAUAGCGCGCUUUCCUUCAUUCGUUCAGAUAAGGUCUGGCCUUACUAUGAAAAGUAUCAAAAACCAAUUGAUAAUUUGCUUAUUGGUUUAGCAAUAUUGAUACUAUUGAGAGUUGUGAAAGUGUUGGCCAGAUUAGUGAAACCUGCAAAGACAAUCAGAGAAAUUGAUGAAGUUACCAAAGUGGUUCUUACUGAAAAAGAUUUUGAAACUAUUCCAAUUUGUGUUGGUAAAGGUGACGCUGAAGAAUUGCUACUAAUACAAAGUUACGCUGAUAUAUUGAAAAGCUCAAAUGAUGAAGAAGUUUUGAAAAAAUAUGGCUAUGAUAAAGAUUUCAGUGAUACAAACAGUAAGAGUGACCUAAGUAUACUAAAUGAUUUUUCACCUUCAAGAAUUGAUUCCCCAAAUGAUUUCACCGCAUCAGAUGUUUCAGCAAUCUUUCAAACAAACCAAGAUAUUGGAUUGGAUGCACCUGUUGAAAUUGAACUCAGAAAAGGUACAGAAUCACCAUCAUUAGAAGAUUCGUUUGAAAGGGCAGAGAACAUACUGGAUAACAAACUAGAAUCAUUGAACAGUUCAAAUAUGGUUGUCACUCCAUCUUCUGGAGGCAAUUCAAUUGAUCAAUAUUCAACCUCACCUUCAAAAUUGAUAUAUAAGAAAACUUCAAUUUCGAUAUUAACCAACAAUACCUUCCCAACAACAGCUUCAGUCGCUGACACAACUGUGGGUGAUAUAACUGAAGAAACGGUCUAUUCUGAACCAUUUGCAGGAGAUGAAAACACUUCUUUUAAAGACAGCUUAUGAUUUUUAUGACCCAACUAUCUUGCCCUUUGCUUUUACUUGACCAAUGAUAACAAAUGUAUUAUUUUGCUAGAGAACUUGAUGAAAUCAGAUUCGUAGAAUUAAAACCACUAAUGCAAUGUAACUCAUUAUGCUAAUCAGCCCCAAUAACAGAACAAUAUUACCACUUGUUUUAUAGUAUAAUGUCUUCCCUGUAUCUUCGAAAUAAUCCUUCAUCUGAUGAGUUCGAUAGAUUGAAAUAAGGAAUAUGAUUGAGCCAUAAACGGUGAAGACUGUGCCAAUCGGCAAGAACUCUUUCGCAAAGAUCUUUGUAACCAAC